AUGGCUGGUGUGGACAAGACACUCCUCAGCGCGGCAUCCCCAGGGGAUUUAGCAGUGGACAAGGCGAGAAACAGACUUUACUGGACAGACACUACUAUGAAAAGGAUUGAGUACGCCGAUCUCACAGGUACGGGUUCGCCAUUAAAUGCAUUAUAUGAUUGCCACUCUUGUGUAUGUUGCAUAUUUUGUCAAAACAAACAAACAAAAACAAAUUAGUCAGUUAAAGCUUAGAUUAGAACCAGUGACAAUAAACUAAGUAUCCAUUGGUUGGCAAGAAUAAAACGUUUUCGUACAGAAACGUGUGAAAUUUCUUGUUGUGGUCAAAAGCGAAGCAAGAAGAAAAAUGCACGUUUAUUUUAAAUAUUUCAGAAGUGGUUUUCUUCUUUUCAAAAGGCCAAUUUUCUGUUGCUAGUGCUCUUUAAAAGAGGUUUUCCCCUUCGUCUCCUUUAUCAACGUAGUCUGCGUUCAAUUGCGAAAAAAAAAUUAACAUGUUGACAAGGUCAUUUUUUGGCGACCAUUUUCUUAACGUAAUACAUGAAAGUAGAUCGUGAUUAAAAUAAGGGCUUAGGGAACUGCAACCUCUUCUUCUUAUUUCCAGCCCUCUUCUCUUGAUGUCGAUGAGAACUUUACGCGAGUUUAAAGUGAACGCCAACAACAAGAGUUACAGUUAAAGAACUAUACUAGUACUUGAAUUGUGUCUUCAGUAAUUAACACAUGUAGCUCACAGUCGAAUAAAAUACCUUACAGGAAUGAACCGGGCCACACUGAUUGAGACGAAUGUGUUACAGCCUGUUGGCUUAGCAGUCCAUGGAAGUUAUGUGUACUGGAUAGAUCGUGAGUCCCGCAAUGUCAUGAAAAUCAGGGAGGAUGACCGUCGUGGCCGAACAGUGCAAGCAGCUAUUGAUGAUUUAUCUGACAUGAUUGUCGUUGAUACACUGAAAACAUCAGGUGUGAAAGUUCUUUCAUUUUACACUUCUUCUUUAUGGCGAUUUUUUAUAAUUCAAGUGGUUAUAAAUAAGGAUUGUAUUGUAGUAUUUGCUGGUCAGUAUGUAGGGUGGCUUUGAGGGCUUAUACGGCGUACAGGACGACGACAACGACGGCGUAAAGAAAAACUUAGGUUUAAUAUGCCAAACAACCUCUUUGCUCGGAUCACUUCGUUUGGUGCAUUUUUCCCGCCCUCUGUACAACUGGGCCGUUAGAUUUAUACAUGCAAUGCGAUGUAGGUAUGGGGGGAUUAAUCAGACGAUGCGAAGUAUUCCUUUCCCUUUGCGGACUUUGUUGCAGCACCUACAAACAAACUAUAGGAAAAUACGUCAACAUUUGGCUUGAGUGCGGUGUUAAGGUUAAACGACCGGAAAUUCACGUUAUGAGGGGCUGUGUCACGGCAGUCCAGUUCAUUUUGUUUAAUUUUGCCAAUUACUCUCCCUCAAUCGCUAUGGAAUUGAAAGUAAGCAAAGAAAUUACAUGUAAAUGACAAAAUCAGAGACGCGAGACAAACAUGUAUGUCUCCUGAGCAUUAUUCUUGAAGUUGCAAGUAGCAGGGAUCAUCUUUGAAAACUGCUAGGCUGAACAGUUUUCAAAGGUCCUAAUUUCAAUCCGUUUCAAUCUUCUUCAGUUUUGCCCAUCCGUGACAUCUGUUGUUUCUGUUAUGUUAUUUUAACCUUCCUUUAACGUUUUAAGCGGUUAUUUUUAUGUUUCUCUUAAUUUAACGGGCGUUUUGUAAUUUCCUAAUUUGGCUGAAUUUCGUGACACAGCUCCUAUAAGCAAAGACGUUUUUGAGCGACGCACGUCAACCGGAAGCUAGCGGUCUUUUUUCAUCUUUGGUAGGUCAUUUGGCCAAAUUUUUGGACAAAUUGUCUUUAUAAUGGUAAAGACACUUAGAAACAAAAGUUUGGUGGCGUCAAGGUGCUUUAAAAUGAAAAAAGACCUCACUCGCGUUAGUCUGCUACACAGCCGUUUUUAGUGUCGUCACGCAACGCUCCUCCCCACUAAGCGUUGCGUGACGAAAUGGGGACAUGUGGGGGAAGUUUCCUUGUUACAAUCAACGCCCGAUAACUCGAAACUUCAAGGGAAAUCGAAAGAGGUUCGAGUUAGCGGGAGUUCGAAGCAAAUAACCGGAAAUAAGAAAAUGGGGAAUGAAUGCAAGUAACAUACACAGUUCAAAACUUGAUUGACAGGCAGUGCUGGACACUGUAUUUAAACUGGACUGACUAAAGACAAAGACUACAUGUUUGUUAAAAUAAUUUCAUUGUUUCGGACUGCAGUACACUUUUUUCGACUUGUCAGGCAUUAAAGCAUAGUUAAGUUAUAGAGGGUAAAUUAAAUCAAGGUUGUCUGGUGUCAACGUGGGAUUUGACCUGGCAUAUUUAUUACUAUUUAGUUUCGUACCCCACGGCGUGUGCGGCACUCCUCGGAUAAAAUUGCCAACAAAAAGUUCGUUACAACAUACGCUACAACUACAAACGCGCGCCCAGAAUUUGAAUAAAAAAACUAUUGCGUGAUAACGGGAUGUAAAGGAAUUUGCGUGCGUGCCUGCAGGAAGUUGCAAGUUCGUUUCGCUUGUUCAAGCUUUCCAGAUCGGGUUUGCAAAUGAUAAAAUUAAGUACCAUUAUUUCGUAUAUGAACUGGAGCCAAGUUUUUGGUGGUCGCGAUGAACGGUGUAAUGGUUGUUCCGUUUGGUUUUUGUAGUUCACCGCCCUUGUUUCAUGAAGCCUUGUUCUCAUAUCUGCUCUGUUGGUGUGCAUGGACAUGCUCAGUGUUCUUGUCCCAUGGAUAUGAUUCUUGCUGAAAAAAAUUCUACUUGCAGAGGUUAGUUGUCUUAUCACUACUAUGAGUGACAAAAUUAAAAAAGUGAAAUGAUUUACAAUAAAGAAAGGAGCACUAUUAAUUUUACUGUUUGUAACUAAGUGAGCAGUGUACAUGUAUAUUUCAAUGAUUUAGCAACUGCCUUUUAAGACAAUGAAAAGUUGCUGCCAAAAUGUAUGAAAUUUAUCAAGAAAAUUAUUCUUUAACAGCUCCGAAGACGUGCAGACCUGAGCAAUUUACUUGCUCCAACGGACAAUGCAUCCCUCAAGGCUGGAUCUGUGAUGACAGCGAGGACUGCAAUGAUGGUUCCGACGAACAAAACUGCAGUAAGUCCCUUUCCUAA